UGCGAUUAUUUGGGCAUUCGAACUCGGAAGCGCUGGUAUUACCAGAACAAUAUUCAGAAGAGUAUUCAAGCAUAGUAUUUCGAAAGAUGCUGCUAAGGACUUUGACGAAUACCCAGAAAUGGCUUUAUAUUUUGUUGUUGUCAUUAAUAAAUGGAGAAAUGCGCUGGAAUUUAAUUUCGCAUUUCAUGCACUAUUCUCACAACCUUCAUUCACCCUUUUUGGA